UUUCAUUGGUUGAUGCUACAGCAAGCAGACGACUGUCAUUUGUUAUUGUUCUUUCCAUUCCAUGCCUAAGUUAACUAGGUUAGUUUUACUACACAAACAGAUAUGAAAGUUAUAGUGAAUGUACAGUGACCCGAUAAUAUAAAAUUUUUUAAAUUCGGUGGUAGAAUUUCAAUUUAAUAUUGAUAUGGCUAAGUUUGUUAGAACUAUUCGUAAUAACUGGAAAAAAAAAUCAACUUUUGGAGCUGUAGCUGUAAUUUAUGGAAUAAAUUAUGGACAUGAAAAAUAUAAAGUACAACAGUUGAUGAGAAAAUAUUGUGAAGAAGCAGUACAAUAUGGAGAUAUUCCAGUACCUCCUACACUUAAACCAAGACAUGUAACUGUCAUCUUAAAUCCUGCGGCAAAUAGAAAGAAGGCUAAGGCAAAUUUUGAGAAAUACUGUGCCCCACUACUUCACUUGGCUGGCUACACUGUCAAUGUUGUGCUGACUGAGAGUGAGGGUCAAGCUCGUACAUUAGCUGCUGAUGUCAAGGAUUCUGACAUGAUUGUGGUGGCAGGUGGCGAUGGCACUUUGUCUGAGACAGUUACAGGUCUAAUGAGGGCUCAUGGUCGAGUCAAGUGCCCAGUGGGUGUGUUGCCUCUAGGUCGCACCAACUCUGUGGCCUGUGCCCUGCUAGGUCUGGGAAGAGAAGGCACUGUCAGCCCAGGCGAGAUGGCAGCUGCUGCCAUGGCUGUCGUACGUGGACAGACCAAAACAAUAGAUUCCAUCAAAGUAGACGUUGUACAGGAAGAAGGAACACCACCAAAACCAGUAUAUGGACUAAGUGGCAUCAGGUGGGGAGUGUACAGAGAUGCACUGAGCAAACAGGAUCGCUACUGGUACCUGGGCCCUCUUCGAGGCUACGCGUCUGUUCUGUUUAAUUCCCUACACAAGGAGCCAAUUGCAGCUCAUGUCGUGUUCACUCAUGCCUUUUUUACAAAGAAACCUCCAGAAGUGCCACAAGUGAACUACCAAUAUGUGGUGAACACUAAGUGUGGUGAAGUGUCUGAGCUAGAUCUCACAGGAGUAGACAUCAACAUCUCCUGCCCUGCUGUCUCCAGGGAUAGUAGAGGAGUUCGAGUUAGUUCAGUUGUGUUCGGUAGUCAAGAUAACGUGGAGGAGGGAUGGCGGAGAGUGAGGGGAGAACUUCCAACAGCCCAGGAGCAACUUGAAGCUCAACAACUGGAAAUAGUACCUGUCACGCAGCUUCAGGAGAAUGAAGAGAAAUGGUUCAGCAUUGACAAUGAAGAAUAUGAAGUCCGCCAUAUACGAGUAACCUUGAUACCAAAAUCAGUGCAAGUCUUUUUACCUCAACAGCCACAGACUUACUAUACUUUGUUAGAAAGGGCACUGCUGGGAUGCUGCUAGAUGGCUCAAACUGUCAGACAACUUCUACAAGACUGCUGUUUGUAUUUAUUAGUAAUAAUAAUUUUUUUUCCAAAA